AUGCCUCUAGCCUUUGACCAGCUCAAGGCAUCGCCAAAAAAGGUGAAGACCAUCAAGUCAGCCUUUGACAGCGAAAGCUUCGAUGCAGAUGGCACUAUCCACGUCGAUGGGCUGGUUGGUUCGGCCACCAUAUCACCAUCAGGCCGGGACGUCGCUCUCGCGUCUCCAGAAGGGUUAGCCAUUAUCGACCUAGAUUCACCAUACAGUCCACCACGUCGCCUGAGUAGCCAUGGACUUCCGUGGCUUGUCGUCGAUGUCCAGUGGUCACCUUUUGCCGCCCGAGACUACUGGGUGGCAUCUACUGCCAACCAUCGCUGUCUCGUCUGGAACUUGAACCUCCGAGACGACUCCACUUCGGGGGCCAUCGAGCAUUCCCUGCAGGGCCACACCAGGGCAAUCACUGAUAUCAACUUCUCUGCCCAUCAUCCCGAUCUUUUGGCAACUUGCGCCGUAGAUGGGUAUGUUCACUGCUGGGAUCUGAGGCGACCAAGGCAACCAGCUCUCACUUUCUGUGAUUGGUUCGCCGGCGCUACACAGGUCAAAUACAGUCGCCAAGACCCAUUCAUCAUCGCUUCUUCUCAUGACCGAUGGCUUCACAUAUGGGACGAGCGAAAAUCCUCCGAGCCACUGAGGUCUAUCAGUGCUCAUACGUCUAAGAUCUACGGCAUCGACUGGAAUCGUUUCACUGCCACCGCCAUUGUGACAUGCUCUUUGGACAGGAGUAUCAAGUUUUGGGAUUAUAGGAACGCCGAGGAUGUCCCAGAAAGGGUCAUCAGGACCGACUUCCCUGUCUGGCGUGCCAGACACACGCCUUUCGGCAGGGGCCUCUUGGCUAUGCCCCAAAACGAGCCUGGGCACCUGUAUCUUUUUGACCGACGCGUGGGCCCUGAUACCCCUGUUGACGGUCGGGUUGAGCCAGUUGCGACAUUUGAGGGCCAUGGCGGCCAGAAGGCAAAGGAGUUUCUCUGGAGAGCCCGUGGUAGCAUCAGCGAAGACAGGCUCGACAAUCGCGAGUUCCAAAUGGUAUCCUGGGGUGAGGACAAUAAACUUCGCUUGACGCGCCCGGAGCCUUCAGUUUUAGAGUCAGUGGGGCACGUCAAGGGCAUGGAGGCGAGGACCAACCUGGUCAUAACCAGAAAAGGAGCUUCGUACAAGACCUUUCGGACCGUAGAUGAUGGCAAUCAUCACCGACGAACAGCUACGAUGAGCGAUUCGCGCACCGGGGCCGGCCGCCAGAGCGCACUUACCCUAGGCAUGAAGCUACCAUCGUACCGCACUGGCCCAUCCUGGAAAGGACCAUCCAUGAAGGCCAAGAAUUCGAGAACAGGAAAGAUGGACAGAAGCCAGGCCCAGAUGAAUUGGAUGAGAGGUAUCACGAUGACUAAGAGGAAAUCUAGUACCGAUUUUCCGCAACGAGCGGCUUCUAAGGAUUCCUCUAUGUUCGGGCUAGGCUUCCAUGACGACCAAUGGGGCGAACCCGAGUCACUACAAGAAGAAUUCGUCCGAAUCAGCACUCAGCUGCCUAAUGUCAAGUGGGACAGCAUUGACAUGGAUUCACUCAUACUCAACGCCUCCUUAAAGGGCCCGUGGGGGGUCGACGGUGAUGACAUUUUCAUCAAAGUCAAGGUGGAUGUUCCGCACGCCUAUCCCAAGAACAAACCACCCAAAUUCAUCAUUGAGAGGAAUGCUUUCAUGCCACCUGGCUCCCAUGAGAGGCUAGAAAGCGAGGUUCACCAGAUCGCCCAACAGUUUCUCAAACGCAAACAGAAUUGUCUUAAUGCGGCCUUCUCCUACCUGCUCGGCGAGGCUGAUCUUACUCAAAGCACGACUUUCUUCAAGAACGUUCGGGACCUGGACGAUGGACUUGAUGUGCUUGCCGACGAGAGCUCGAGCGAGGACUCAGACAAUGACAUCCCAGCUGGAGCAUCAGCAUCAAUGUCGAUGUCGCAAGAAUUGAGCGCAAGCACUGAAAUCGAUAAUACACUGGCGCCAAGUCACCGUCCCGCCAUACCUCCAGUAAUUAGAACAUGUGGCGCUCGUUUCUCAAACGAUGGGCGGCUGGUUAGCUUCUUUCCAACCAAGGAGGCAAAGGCUCUACUUUUCAGUCCGAAUGAGACUUUCAAGGAGCGGCCAAAAGAUCAACCAACAUUCGCUGGCUUCGGUCGCCUCCCUCAUGAGUCUCCCCCACGGCAACGUUUCCUUGAUGGCGAAGCCUCAGUGAACGACGAAUUAUCAGCCAUGUCAGAUGAUUCUGAUGACUCGUCAUCUUCGAGCGACUCGGAAAUGACUACCAUGCACAAGAUCAGUCUGUGGUAUCGCCCAGGACGCCGCCUCCACAAAACCUGGAGUGCCAACGAGUCGCUCCGCUCCAGUGGCGGAGGUACUGGCGCAGGCACAGGUACAGGAACUGGGACCGGCACAAAUCGUCGCAGGCCCGGACGACCAAAGAACAUCGUUUCAUUGUAUGAUAUGCGGGAUAUGCUGCCGUCGAAGAAGCAAUUCGCUGAGGAGUACAUCAUAUUUGGCGAUGGAGCACAUGUCUGUGAGCACAACGCACGGGUAGCGGAGAAGUACGGCUACUACGACUUAGUCAAUAUCUGGAGAUAUUCGGCACUUCUCCUGAGGUCAGAUAUCCCACUGGAGCUACAUGAGCAUCGCCAAAGAGACAAGUCCGUACUCGUCAUCGCUAAAGACGCCCUUUCGAAAUACAGGACCCAGGAGCCCCGUGCUAAUGAGACCGAACUCCUGAGAGGGCGAGUGAAAUGGGGCCAUCAUCCACUCGCCCAAGACUUCGUCCAAGAUCUCUUCAACUACUUCGAGCAAACUGGCGACGUACAGAUGUUGGCGAUGCUCUCUUGCAUAUUUGGAGAGUCAUCGGCAGAGGACAGUGUAGCCUAUGCCGAGUCACGCUUGACACAGCCGGAAACACCGCUGCCAAUGAAGGCGCCAUCGUUUUCUCUAGAGUAUUUCCCGACAGACACGGCCGAAUGGGGCAUGGAGCGGAGAAGUGGCUACAGUUCAGCAGUCACGACACCUCGAACGUCUCAGACACCGAUCGUUUUCUCCGACCCACAAAGCCCAGAUGUUCUCUGGAUGGGAGAUCCUUCAUCGCAGUCGUAUUCGACUGGUGAAACGCCACCACACAGGUUCUUCAAAGACCAUCAUCUUAGUGAGAUAGAUCACACUCAGAGCCUUUCCACCUCUCCGAAUGACCGUGCUAUUCGUCGAUCUCAGUCCGCUCUGGCAUCGACAUUUACGUCAGGCAUGCCACGUGGGUUUACUUCCCUGGCAUCGUCAUCUCCUCCGGGCCGCAAACGCCCCAGCCCAGCUGAGAGGAUCAUGGAGAACAUAUCGCACAUCCAGGGUAAUAUCACCUGGGGAGGUUCAACAUACUUCGGAGCGCCUUCGGAAGCCACAGAGACAGCGAGGACAUCUGUAUCAGAUGACGAAUUUCGCAGGGACGAGCUCGUCUCCACGAUACCAGUCAGUGUGACAGUGACAGUGGAGGAUGAAUCAGCAUUCGAUGACGAUGGUUGGCUGGCUACUCCUCUGCUAGACCCCAGCCGGGGCCCGGAUUACGCAAGCUAUCGCUACGCCUAUGCUGAGAUACUACAGAUGUGGCGUCUUCCUCUCGCGCGGUUGGAAAUCAUGAAGUUCAACGUUCUCAAGGAGGGCAGCUGGAGUGAAGGCCCACGUCUCAGCGCUGACAGCAGCUGCAUUGAGUCCGCCAUACACGACGCCAGCCAAUCCGCCACAGGCACAACGUCCCCUACGAUCAUACUCGGUGGCAAACGCGAACAACUCCACACGCUGCAGGCAUCCGGCCGCGGCCUCGACGUGACAGGCAUCUGUCGUGUCCACGAGAUGCAGCUACAACCAUUACAGUACACACAGAGUCCCUCUCUGGGCGGUGCUGUUGGUAUUUGUGAGAGAUGUAGGCGUACACAGUCACAGCUUACAUGUGUGUAUUGCCAUGAGGCCAUCAACGCGCUCUAUCCUGCUUGCCUGGGCUGCGGCUGCGUCUUCCAUGAAAACUGCCUAGCUGAGUGGCAUAGUAUGGGGGAGACCGAAUGCCCUGCUGGUGAUGACUGCGAGUGCGUUGAGGAGUCGGAUAAAGGACAGGUAGAGACAUGGGUGGCCAUGAGGGCAGCUUUGGGAAUGGGCCGGGAGAGAACGGAAAGCUACGGUCACUCAAGGGCGAAGACAAGCCACGGAGACAAGGACUUCACGCGGGAACGAAGUGGCAGCGGCAGCGGCAGCGGGAGUACCUUGUCUUCUGGGGCUGCGCUCAAUAAUGCCUCGGUCAUGGUGAGCAGACUCAGGAGGAAGUCGGCACCGGCGCCGUUCUCAAUAGGCACGGAAGGCGAUACUGAUAAUCAGUCUACCCCUGUAGCCGGGCCGGACUCCCCUGCGAGCAUUUCGGGCUUCCAGGUGGUGAGGUCUCCUCCUGAGCGCGAGAAUGACGGCGAAAUCCUGGCCACCAUACCGCCGACGAGUUCUGCAAACACGCCUGCUAAGCCAAGCCCCCUUGGGCCGGGAGUGUCUGCCGCACGGCUGAGCCUGGGGAAUAGGCUAAAAAGCCUUGAAGCUAGAAGACCGAGCAGCUUCAGGCGGAAGAGUGGAGACAACGAUGGUGGCAAUGAUGCCGGCGGAGGUGGGAGAAAGCCCCGUUCAUGA